GAGGCGCCUGAAUUCUGACCCGCCCGCGCGCUACCAGGCAACAGUGCCUCUCAGUGUCAUCGCCUGGCCAGAGGGGUGGGGGAGAGAGAGACACGCGUAGCACAGCCGGCACACCCCACCCCUCAGGAAGUGAGGACCAAAGGCUAUGGCGACUCCAGAAUUCUAUACAGGCGGCGCUGCGGACACCUAAGAUGACGCAAUCUCCGUGCGAGGUGGGCGGAGCUUCGCAGUGGGCGUGUAGGGGGUCCUUAUUCUGAAGAGCUUGCCACUCAGAGCGGAAGCCGUCAGUGGAGAAGCGGUGGGUUUCGGUUACUGAGCUUCCGAUCUUUUCAAGUUGCCUUGGUAGUGAAAAUGCCUAAAGUCAAAAGAAGCCGAAAAGCACCUCCAGAUGGCUGGGAGUUGAUUGAACCAACAUUGGAUGAAUUAGAUCAAAAGAUGAGAGAAGCUGAAACCGAGCCUCAUGAGGGAAAGAGGAAAGUGGAAUCUCUGUGGCCCAUUUUCAGGAUCCACCACCAGAAGACCCGCUACAUCUUUGACCUCUUUUAUAAGCGGAAAGCCAUAAGUAGAGAGCUCUAUGAGUACUGCAUUAAAGAAGGCUAUGCAGACAAAAACCUGAUUGCAAAGUGGAAAAAGCAAGGCUAUGAGAACUUGUGCUGCCUUCGCUGCAUUCAGACUCGAGACACCAACUUUGGGACAAACUGCAUUUGCCGGGUUCCCAAAAGCAAGCUGGAAGUGGGCCGCAUCAUUGAAUGUACACACUGUGGCUGCCGGGGCUGCUCUGGCUGAGGCUGAUGCCUCCUUCCCCCUGGAUUUUGGGCCUUUCAGGGUCCCGCCUUUUGGGCCACCCCUUUCCUGGAGCAGCUGUCCUUAGAACAGUGCCCCAUGAUCGAGCUGGAGAGCAGUCUCUACAGGUGAAGGCUUUGGUGUUCACUAGCCAUGAUUUGUAAUAAAACCUUUAAACCCA